AUGGCGGGCGGCGGGGCACUGAGGGCGCUGCCCGCGCUGCUGCUGCUGCUGCUGGCGGCGGGCGCGCUGGGCAAGCCCACGGCGCGGCAGGAGCGGGCCCGGGCCGGAGCCGCUCAGCAUGAGGACCGGCCCGGCUUCCAGUACGACCACGAGGCCUUCCUGGGCAAGGAGGAGGCGCGGAGCUUCGACCAGCUCAGCCCGGAGGAGAGCCGGGAGCGCCUGGGGAAGAUUGUGGAUAGAAUAGAUGAUGACAAAGAUGGCUAUAUCACAACAGAGGAAUUAAAAACCUGGAUUAAACGAGUGCAGAAACGCUACAUCUAUGAAAAUGUGGCCAAAGUUUGGAAAGACUAUGAUCUAAACAAGGAUGAUAAAAUUGCCUGGGAAGAAUACAAACAAGCCACAUAUGGUUAUUAUCUAGAAAAUCCAGAAGAAUUCCAAGAUGCAACUGAUCAGCACAGUUUUAAGAAAAUGCUGCCCAGAGAUGAAAGACGAUUCAAAAGUGCAGAUCUGGAUGGAGACUUGGCUGCCACUCGUGAGGAGUUCACUGCUUUCCUGCACCCAGAGGAGUUUGAGCACAUGAAAAACAUUGUUGUCUUAGAAACAUUAGAAGACAUAGACAAAAAUGAGGAUGGUUUUGUGGAUCAAGAUGAGUACAUUGCUGAUAUGUUUGCAAAUGAAGAGGGUGGACCAGAGCCCGACUGGGUGAUUACAGAGCGCGAGCAGUUUUCAGAUUUUCGUGAUCUCAACAAGGAUGGAAAGAUGGACAAAGAUGAGAUCCAGCACUGGAUCCUCCCCCAGGACUAUGACCAUGCACUAGCUGAAGCCAGGCACUUAGUCUAUGAAUCUGAUGUAGACAAGGAUCAAAAACUAACAAAAGAGGAAGUUCUAGACAACUGGAACAUGUUUGUUGGAAGUCAAGCUACUAAUUAUGGGGAGGACCUCACGAGGAACCAUGAUGAGCUAUGAUACAGUGUGUCACACAUCUUUUCUCCACCUUACUGAAAUCUCCGUGACCAUCCCCUCCUGGAGGGAAGAUGGGCAAGGGACACUCACAACUGAAUGACUUGCAUUAAUAUUAUUUUUAACAUGCCAGCUUAUUACCUCAGAAACCACAUAGAAAUAGCUUUUCUACUCCUUUCACAUGGUGAAUACAAUCUUUAGUUACUAGAGUUUUAUUUUUGAAAAAAUUAAGAAGGUAACUUUUCUGAAUAGGUUAGAGCCUGGCAUGGAAAAGGCACUUCUAAAAACAUUGCAAAGAUCUUUAAUAGCCAAGUAUUUUCU